AUGGGCGGCAAUAGUGUCGUGGUGGUAAAUAUGAAGAUGGUCGAUAGCAAUAUGAAAAGUAAACAUUUACAAGACAUGAUAAGUUAUGCUUGUGGGAAAAAAAAAGAGCUUUUUGUUCUCUAUUAUGCAUCUCCUUUGUCGGAUCUUGAUACUCACCUGGUUCUUGAUUUGGCUAUCUAUGGAGCAGACGAAAUCGACCCAGAUAUGAAUUUGGUCAAGGGUUGUGGCGGAUCGUUGCGUCGUGAAAAAGUCAUCGAGGUUUGUUGCAAGAAACUUGUGGUGAUUGUUGAUGAAACGAAGCUGGUGGAUUAUGUCGGAGGAAGUAGGUUAGCCAUGUCGGUGGAAAUCGUUUCGUUUUGCUGGAAAUUUACAACACAAAAGCUUCAAUCGUUGUUUGAAGAAGCCGAUUGUGUUCCGAAGCUCUGUGUUUUGCCGAAAAAUGGUAAGGCAUAUGUUAUUGAUAACGGGAAUUUCAUAAUCAAUUUGUAUUUCAAGAAAGAUAUUGGGGGUUUAAAAGUUGUCGAUGAUGCAAUAUCGAGACCAGCCAACGUGGUGGACCAUGGGAUGAUGUUUAUUGACAUGGUUACUACUUUGAUUGUGGCCGGAGAGUUGGGAGCUAGGGUUAGGAAUAAGUGUUAG